CCAAAAGACACGGUCGGUUCCACUGGAACGGAGGCAGUGGAGCGGAUUUCAGCACACUUCGGAUCAGAGUGAUACUGUUUCAAAGUAUGACAAGAUUAUCGAUGCUGCGUCGACGUACAUGAUGAUGAUGAUGGCGUUGGCACAAAUCGAAUAUCAUUCGAUGGCAUCGACCGUUUUUUGUCUAUCUUCACUUUGUUGUAUUCUGUGAAAUUUCGAUGCUAACGUUUUUUUGUGGCGAUGGUGUUUGCAAAAAUUGAAAAAGUAUCAAUAUGUGAUAAGCAUUAUACGAGCGAAAAGUUUUUACGAUAUGUUUGAUAAUGUUGAAAUGGAACCAAAAAAAAACGAUGAUAUUUAUCUGGUUUCAAAUGUGAAAAAUGACUUGUGGCAUGUUAGCUAGACUGUAGAGAAGGGUAUGAGUGUAUAUACUAAAUAUGAUAAUAAUCUGGAGGCUGAUAGUAAAAACGCCUUCAAUUCGGUUGAAAUCCACAUGCCAGUAUUUCUUACUCCUCCCAUAAUUUUAGGAAAGGACUUCGUAUCAAACCACAUGUCAUUUUCAAUGACGGAAAAUCGUCUCUAGCUUAGUUUGUGCCUUAUAUCAAAGCCCAAUGAAAAACAUUCUUAUCACGGUAGUUUAAUGAUAGAAUGAAAUGUAAUAUAAAGAGAAGUAUAAUUUCAAUGAUAUAGCUCAAAUGUUCAAACUUUUUCUAUACAUUCCAGAAGAUACUUCAUCAAACUAUGCGCAUGUUUAUUUAGCACCCUCGAUAAAGUUAUGUUCUUAUCCUGACUACAACGUGACCAUUCAAGCUAAAUUUAUCGUUAUGAAGAUAGCGGUGAAAUGUCAGUAUAAAUGUGUGUAUAGAACAAAAUAUGCAAUUGAUUAUCUCGUUGAUAGCUCAAGCAAGUUUAACCAAUUUACAGAAACUUACAUUCAUAUGAUAGGCCUUUCAGUCCCAUAGAACACAAUUAAAUUUAAUCCGGAUCUGGCUUCCGGUUCUGAACUUACAAGACAGAAUGUACAAACCGGUAAAAAUAUUCAAUUGAUUUUUUGAUUAUAAUUUGCAUUACACUUCCAGAAUAGUGCGGGGUAAAAUGAGUAAAAAAUGUAAAAAAAGAACAGUAAAUUUAUCCACAGAUGGCUUAACCGAUUCUUAGAUUCAAAUUAAAUGUCUUUUUUUUAUAAUAAAAUUUUUAUUGGGCUGAUUUGCGUUAGCUUAACGUGGCCGAUUGUCUUGUUGUUAGGUGGAAAACAGUGGAAGCCGUAUUAUGGGGCGACCUGUUCCCCUAGAGUUAGUAAAGGAGUGUCAGGAGGGUGGGACCUAUACUGUGUUGAUUUUGAACAUAAUUUGAUAUUACAAAUCAUUCAUUAAUUGCUUGCAUGCUUCAAACACCCUUUGCAUUUCCGGAUUCUCGACGUUCUCCAGAUUGUAACGAGGAAGAGACUAUACUAAACUCGGAUGCUUUGUUGGUGUACUUUGAUGUUGGUGUGUCAUUUAUGGACGGUUUCCAGCAAUUCAGCUUGACCAGUGUUUAGUUCGUUUGGGGUAGGACCACUGUAGAAGAAAGAAAGAGAAAGAGAGGGCACUAGAUUUGCACGUUUAUAGCUUUGAGGAAGUUAUAGAGGUAGGUCAUGUAAAGGAGAUCUCGGGUUGCUAAAACGUCACGGACUGGAACAUAAGGUGGUCUACCUCGGGCCCGAAGGGAAUCAAUUAGCUGGAGUCUGACGUCGCAAUACUCGGAGCACACCCAAACAACAUGCUCGAUGUCAUGAUAACCGUCUCCGCAAACGCAAAGAUUACUCUCACUAAGGCCAACACGAUGAAGAUGCGCUUUGAGCAAAGAGUGGUUGGACAUAAGUCUUGACAUUGUGUGAAUAAAGUCCCGGUUCACAUCCAACCCUCGGAACCAAGCUUUCGUCGAUACCUGCGGUAUAAUGGAAUGUAACCACCGUCCUAGAUAUCCAUCAUUCCAGAAGGUUUGCCAGCUGAUAAGUGCCUCUUGACGCCUUAUAAGAUCUAUUGGAUACCUAAUGUGACAUCCCCAGGUACCUUUGGAAUCGAACCAGACUCCGAGGUAUUUGAAUGUGAAGGCCUGAGCUAAAUUAAAUGUCUUAUGAUUCCAUAGCAUGGUAUUGAAAUUCACCCGAAUUCGACUUCCAUUGGAAAUAUCUAGGCUGAUUUUCACAAUCUUAUAUUCAAAUUGAGGUCUUAUGGUCUUCUAGAUUGCUGUAGUACUUUGUUCGGAACCGAGAACCGACUUUGGAAUUACAAUUCUUGGGGUUUCGUUUCCGGAAGCUCCCUAAGAACUUGUAGGUAGCACCGAAACGAAACUCAAAUCUAUUUCUCAGGGACUGCUGGACUGAUUUCCACUGGCUACGAUUCAAAUGAAGACCCUAUGGGGUGCAGUUCAUGAUCAUCCCUAUCCUGCGCUCUUUGAGUUGUGUGCGCACCUACAGAGAGAAUGAGAGUCUAUCGGAGACAGUUACACAAUCACUCACAGAGAGAACAACGCACCGCAGUUAUAUUAACCUCGAGCGAAAAGAAGGAUGCUUUCCUGACAAACUAAGAAAUAUAUAAAAUCAGUUUGAACUCCCGUGAACGGUUCGUUUUUUAUUUCGUGUUCGCUUCCGUCCACCACAGUUGGUGACCCCGACGUGAUUUUGCAAGUAUCGUACGAGUGCGCAUUUUCGCGAUAUUUCGAUUCCGGUUUUCUUCGGCCCGAUCCGGCAACUUAACCUCACCUCCGUUUCAAUCGGCGCGUUCCGGCACCCAAUCUUUAUUGUUCAACCAUGUCAGAAGAGGAAAACGACACUCCUCGCACUGCCGCGGUUUCAGUAAAACUUCCGGAAUUCUGGAAGACGGAUCCAGAAAUGUGGUUCGCACAGGCGGAAGCGCAGUUUGUCUUAGGCAACGUCACGAAGGAUGAAACUAAAUUUUACCACAUCAUCGCAAAAGUGGACCAUUCGGUAAUCUGUCACAUAGCCGAGUUGGUUGCAAAUCCACCACUACAGGAGAAAUACAAAGCCAUCAAAGAUAGGCUUAUCGCACGGUUUGCUCUCUCUCCACAAGCCCGGUUUGAACGGUUACUGGGAUCGUCCGAUCUCGGUGACAUGCGCCCUACACAUCUUUUGUCUAAGAUGCAGGAACUCGCAAACGGACUAAAUGUCAACGACGAUCUCCUCAAAAUGCUGUUUCUGCAACGGAUGCCAGCCCACAUUCGACCCGUAUUGACCAUCAGCGAUGGAACGUUAGCCAAGCUAGCGGAAAUGGCCGAUAAAAUGGCCGAAACCCCGCAAACAGCCGCCGUAUCUAUUAAAUCCGAGGCAAAUGAAGAGAUGCAAAAAAUUAAGGAACAACUGGAGGUGCUCAGCACGGAACUUCGUCGAUUCAAGCCUGGCCUGACUCAGGAUAUCGAUCGUCGUCGUGGUCGAUCGUCGUCACGCUCCAGAAGCGAAUCAGAGGUAUGCUGGUACCAUCGGAAGUACGGAAAACAUGCAGAACGAUGCAAGCAGCCGUGCAAUUAUAACCAACCAAAAAACUAAGUGC